GACUGCUGCAGCAAUGGCAUCUGAAGAAAAGAAGGAGCGACCAGUAAGCAUGAUAUGUGAAGCAACUAACUAUAAUCUGACAUCAGAUUAUGCUGCUCAUCCAAUGAGCCCUGUGGGCAGAACAUCACGAUCUUCAAAGAAGGUUCAUAAUUUUGGGAAGAGGUCGAACUCCAUAAAGAGAAAUCCUAAUGCACCAGUUGUCAGACGAGGCUGGCUCUACAAACAGGACAGCACGGGCAUGAAGCUCUGGAAGAAGAGGUGGUUUGUGCUCUCAGAUCUCUGUCUCUUCUAUUACAGAGAUGAGAAAGAAGAAGGAAUCCUGGGGAGCAUCCUCCUGCCUAGCUUCCAGAUAUCUGUGCUGUCUGCUGAGGACCACAUUAAUCGAAAAUACGCCUUUAAGGCAGCUCAUCCAAACAUGAGGACCUAUUAUUUCUGCACAGAUACAGGGAAGGAAAUGGAGCUGUGGAUGAAAGCCAUGAUAGAUGCAGCACUUGUGCAAACAGAGCCUGUGAAAAGAAUAGAGAAGUUCACUGUUGAAAACACGUCACCCGGAGAGGCAAACAGUAUUGCGAACCAUCGGGUGCUAAUUAAACCAGAGGCACUAAACAACCAGAAAAACAGAGAAGUGAACAAAAACGAGGAGAAGAAAGCUCUGGAAGCUGAAAGAUACGGAUUCCAGAAAACGGGCCAAGACAAACCGUUAACAAAAAUCAGCGGCGCGAAGCUGAAGCCUUCGGGGUGCGAGUCCGGGCCCCCGGCCACGAGCACGGUUGCAGGUGGGCACCGGAGAGCGGCGCAGGCCAACGGAGCGGAGAGCGCGGCCGGGGACGCGGCGCGGCGCGGCGCGGAGUGCCAGAGGGUCGUGCACAGGACAAACUCCAUGCUGCAGCUGGAGCGCUGGGUCCAGGUCCAGAGGGGGAGAGGACAGGACGAGGAGACGGGAGGCAUCAUCUCCUACCAGACCCUGCCGAGGAACAUGCCGAGCCAUCGAGCCCAGGUGCUGCCCCGGUACCCAGAAGGGUACAGGACCCUGCCGAGGAACAGCAAGGCACGGCCCGACAGCCUGUGCGGCGCGGAGGACAAGCGGCGCUCCGUGCGCGACGACACCAUGUGGCAGCUCUACGAGUGGCAGCAGCGCCAGUUCUACAGCAGGCAGGGCACCCUGAGCAGGCACGGCGCCCUGAGCAGCCCCAAGACCGUGGUGAACGUCUGCGAGCAGCCCGCGCCCCCCAUGCCCGCGUCCCCCUCGCACGGCUCCCUGGCGGGGCUCCAGGCGUUCUCCCCGCAGCGCGCCUACCGCUCGGAGCUGUCGUCGCCGGUGCAGAGGGGAGACGGGACCGUGGAGCGCAGGCACAGGGCGCACCACGCCAAGCAUGUCUUUGUGCCUGACAGAAGGUCGAUGCCAGCAGGUCUGACUUUACAGCCUGUUUCUCCUCAGAGCCUCCAGGGCAAAACACCGGAGGAGCUGACCCUGCUGCUCAUAAAGCUGAGACGGCAGCAGGCAGAGCUGAGCAGUAUCCGGGAGCACACACUAGCACAGCUCAUGCAGCUAAAGCUUGAGGCCAGCAGCCCAAAGAAUGAGAUUCUUUCACAUCACCUUCAAAGGAAUGCCAUAUAUUUGGAUCACCAGAUGAAAGAGAAUGAACCUUUAAUCACCAUGGUUCACACUAUGAUUGAGAACUCGGCGCUAAGACCACAACUGUACCAUCAAUUAACACAAGAAGAAUGUAGGGGUACACUAUACAAAUAUAGAACUGAAGAGCUGGACAUUGAUGCUAAGCUGAGCCGUUUAUGUGAACAGGAUAAAGUUGUGCAAGCACUGGAGGAGAAGCUUCAACAGCUACACAAGGAGAAAUACACGCUUGAGCAAGCCUUGCUCUCAGCCAGCCAGGAGAUAGAAAUGAAUGCAGAUAAGCCAGCAGCCAUCCAGAAUGUGGUGCUCCAGAGGGAUGACCUGCAGAAUGGACUGCUCAGCACCUGCCGGGAGGUGUCCCGAGCCACUGCAGAACUGGAAAGAGCUUGGAGAGAAUAUGAUAAAUUGGAGUAUGAUGUGACUGUAACAAGGAACCACAUGCAGGAGCAGCUCGAUCGUCUUGGAGAAAUUCAGACUGAAUCAGCAGGGAUACAGCGUGCUCAGAUUCAGAAGGAGCUGUGGAGAAUUCAGGAUGUCAUGGAGGGUUUACUUAAACAUAAACAGCAGAGAAGCUCUUCUGAGGCAGGCAUCAUGGUAUCAAGGACAUUUUCUUCUAUUAAAUAUAAAAAUGAGGAAGAGGAAGUAGUCCCACCUCGUCCUCCACUCCCUCGGUCCUAUGACUUUACAGAGCAUCCUCCCAUAAUCCCCCCUCUGCCCAGUGAUAGCAGCUCCUUGCUCUGUUAUAGCAGGGGCCCAGUACAUCUGACAGAAGAAAAGAAGAUGUACCAAGUGCAAGGAUAUCACAGAAAUGGAUCCUACUGUGGUCCUGAUUACAGGCUUUAUAAGAGCGAGCCCGAGCUAACUACAGUAGCAGAAGUGGAUGAGUCUAAUGGUGAAGAAAAAACAGAGCCAAUUUCAGAAUCGGAAUCUUCUGCCAAAGGCUCACAUUUCCCUGUGGGAGUUGUUCCACCCAGGACCAAAUCCCCAACGCCAGAGUCCUCAACAAUAGCAUCCUAUGUCACUUUGAGGAAGAGCAAGAAGAUAGAUCUGAGAACGGAAAGACCAAGGAGUGCAGUGGAGCAGCUGUGCCUUGCAGAAGGCUCACGGCCUCGGAUGACAGUGGAGGAGCAGAUGGAGAGAAUCAAGAGACACCAGCAGGCUUGUCUGAGAGAGAAGAGGAGAGUUCUCAAUAUCAUUGGAGUUUCAGAGCAGUCUCCUUCCCAGAGCUUCUCCUCUGUCAGGGAUCAUCCAUUCACAUUGGCACAGAAUCGGAAAAAGGAUGAGGCAGUGUCUGACAACAUGAAGGAGUUUGAGAGCACCAGUAGAGAAAAUAAUUUGAAACAAAAUAAUGGAAGUCCUGGAGAAGAAAUAGCACAGCUACAAAAUGAUGGAGAUCAAGAGCAUAAUUCAAGUUUUACUGAAGAGCUGUCAAAAACUGAUGAUCUUUUAUCAGAUGCACAUGUUGUAUCUGACUCAAAAGAAGUGAGUGAUGAAGAGAAAGCAGAAAAGAAAAAUAAAUUCGAAGAAACACAUGAUGGUGAUAUAAGCUUGCAGAGUGUAACCACAGUUGCAAACCACAAACCCAAAACCAGCUCAGAAGAAAGUGAAAUACUUAGUGUUCAAGAACAAGAAGGGAUUGUGUCUUCAUUUGAAUUAGCAGCACAGUCUUCAAAAGGAAAUCAGGCAGCAGCAGUGAAAAGUUUGCCUUCUUCACCAGAAUCGUCCUUGUCACCAGCUCCAUCCACACAGACACAGCUCACAGAAGGAUCACAUUUCAUGUGUGUAUAG